CAGAUUGAAUGUCAAGUAGUUUGGCUGAGUGGGAUGAGCUCGGACGAAGAAGACUACAUGUCUACCGACUUCCUGGAAAAACUGGAACAAUCUGAUAUUCGACCUGGACUUGUAUUCAGUUCUAAAACAGCUAGACAAAAGGAGUUGCAGAAACGAAAACUUGAAGCAGAUUCUUCAAACAAUACCAAAAAAACUAGACCAUCUCUGAAGGAAUCCUUAGCGACGCCUAUUGACAAGAAUAAUAAGGGAUUUGCUCUGCUUUCUAAGAUGGGUUUCAAAGAGGGCUCUGGACUUGGGAAAAGUGGGGACGGAAUCAAAGAUCCAGUUCCCAUCAGCAUGAAGGUAGACAGAAGUGGUCUGGGAACAGAAACAGUUCGAAAUGAGAAGAAGAAGAAAGCGGAAAAAAUGAUAGAAGAAGUUCGAAGCAUGAGAGACAGAGCCAUGAGUAUGCAGCGAGAUCAGUUCAGGAGUGAAAAGCAGUCCCAGUUCUACGAGCGAAGACUGUUCGGAGUUUUAAGGAACAACCAAAGAGUCUGUUUCAAACUGGACUCUGAGAAGGGUUUAACUUGGCCUGUUGACAUAUUUUUCUGGCCUCCAAGUGAAAUGAAAUCAGAUGACAGCGAAGAUGAAGGUGCAGCGGAAGAAAUUGAAGAAGAAACAAACAUUAAAAGAGGCAUUUCAGAGCCAGAAUCGGACGGAGACGAGUAUUUAGUGUCCUCGGGAAAAGUUCCCGAAAUGGGGGAAGAUAAAACGCUGAAGGUGCUAACCAGCCAAGAAAUGACUUAUCAGCUGGGACAGUUGGAAAGCUACCUUCGCAAGACCUACUUCUACUGUAUUUGGUGCUCGUCUCUUUACAAAGACGAAGAGGAGCUGGACUGUGCUUGUCCGGGUGAGGGUCCAGCAGCUCACGGGGAGAAUCUAGCCCCUUCAUGACACCAUCCACCUACAGUUCGUCUCUUAAUCUGAAAGAGUUAGAAAGGAGAGAGCGUUGUUGACCUGUGUUCUGUAGCACUCAAAAACGACAGAGGUUCACCUGAGUUUGGAGGGAGUGCGGCGUAGAUCAAUAAGACCAGGACAUAAAGAAGUCUGUGCGGCUGAAAUGAGUGACAAAUCAUAAACUGAGUUCAAAACUAUUGAAAAUGUUUUUUGACGGCAGCUUAAUUAGUUGAAUGAUUAAUGAAAAUUUUUG